CGUCAAAAUAAGUAAUGACAUGUUUCGUUUAGCUUUGUGUGAUACUUUAUUAAAUUGUAGUCACUUGGAGAGUUGGAGGCAAAUGAAUCAAUGUCAUGAUGCAUGUGGACAGCAUUAUCACCACAUCACUUCACUUCUAAUACAAGUCCCCUCUGCAUCUUCCACUUUUCACUUUUACGCCAUAUUCCACACACAAAAAGCCAUAACCACCACCCAUCCCCCAUCAUGCAUAUCCAUUCUCCACCUUUCCCAUUUACAAUUUACAACAGUACACACAUAAAAUACAUGUAGAACAUAUACUUAAAUAAAACAAAAACAUAAUACAAAGUCACAAAAGAUCUUAAUAUAUACAUGUAAAAAAAAAAAUUCAUCCUUCGGAAGUGUUAAUCAACACCUAAUACCUUUUAAAGAAAGGUGCGAUGGUGUAUUAUUGAAGUUCACUUUCUUAAACCAUCAUACGACUGAUCAAAACCCACCAAUGCAAAUUACCCUAUAAAUUUUCACUCUUUCAUCCAACAUUAUACCCCAUGUCCCCAUGGCUAUAACCAUGUUCCCUAAAAUCACACUUUUCGUCGCUACUUUCAUCUUCUAUUCCACCAUCAACCAACCAUCGUUGGUUUUUGGCUCGGACCCCGAUCCACUUCAAGACUACUGUUUACCCUCGCCUCACACCCACCUCUGCAAAAACUCCUCAUCCAUCACCGUUGACGACUUCGUCUUCUCCGGCAUAAAACAUCCCGGAAACUUCACCAACAAAUUCUCCGGGGUGCCUGUCUCCUCCACCGUGUUCCCGGCGCUUAACACGCUCGGAAUGUCGCUCGUCAGAGCUGACUUUCAGGUCGGUGGGAUUAACGCCCCCCAUUAUCAUCCUCGAGCCACGGAGGUGGCGUAUGUACUUGAAGGGAAGCUUUAUUCUGGAUUCGUCGACACAGGGAACAAAUUGUUUGCGAAGGUGAUUGAGAAAGGAGAGGUGAUGGUUUUCCCUAGGGGAGUGUUGCAUUUUCAGAUGAACAUUGGGGAUUCGCCGGCCACCGUUCUUGGGAGCUUUGACAGCCAGAAUCCAGGGUCGGUGAAGCUUCCGGCUGCCUUGUUUGGAUCCGAUAUUGACUCAGAGUUGUUGGAGAAGGCGUUUGGAUUGAAGAGUAAAGAGAUCUCCAAGUUGAAGAAGAGAUUUGGGAUUAAAAAAGAAGAGUAGGUAUAAGGUAUGAGUUUGAGCAAUGUUUCUUAUUCUUUAAUUACAUUUUUUCUUUAAUAUUUGAAUAAAUAGAAUGGAGGAUUACUGAUGUAAGUUUAAGGAAUGUUAAUUUUGUUAGAAUGUUUCAUAAUAUAGAUUCUUGAUUUAAAUGUCUAAAA